GAAACAGAAGGGCGUCUAGUACCCCAGCCGGCCGGAGGCGGAAGUCGCUACGCAGGGCGCCGCCAUGACUGAUUGGGCCUAAUGGGAAGGGACCUUCCUGUCUACUUUGCGACCGACCGAAUCUAGAAGUCAAGGAGACUGGGCUGGGCGCCGCCAUGACAACUUGAUAUAGGAAAAGGCGGGACUAUUCUCCCUCACUGAUCCUCCUCCAGCAUCGGCCUCAGGAUGCAGGCAGCCCUGGAGAUCACUGCUCGCUACUGCGGCCGGGAGCUGGAGCAGUAUGGCCAGUGUGUGGCAGCCAAGCCGGAGUCAUGGCAGCGAGACUGUCACCACCUUAAGAUGAGCAUUGCCCAGUGCACGUCCGCCCACCCAAUCAUCCGUCAGAUCCGCCAGGCCUGUUUGGAACCUUUCAAGGCCUUUGAGGAAUGUCUUCGACAGAAUGAAGCCGCCGUGGGCAACUGUGCGGAGCACGUGCGCCGAUUCCUGCAGUGUGCGGAGCAGGUGCAGCCAACACACAGACCCUCCACCUUGGAGAUUCCACACAUAAGCGAUAUCCAGAGGAGCUUUUAAAAACAGAAAUUGGGUCACAUCUGCUCCUUUAAAGCCAGGAGGUUCUCCAGUGCACUCAAAGUAAUUACCCCACACCCAGCCCCUCCUCAGUGUCCUCUCCUUCCCUGUUUUAACAUCCCAGUUGUAGCUUUUCCUCUUUGAUUGGGGGCAUUGAGAUUCAGACCUCCUGUAUCCUCUGGUCUCCAAAACAGCAAACGCACAGGCUCAUUUAGUACAACGUGGUAUAAAGACAUCUUGUGUUAGCUUGUCUUUUCUUUCCGUUUUCUGUUGUUUUUUUUUUGUCUGAGAGGCAUGUGGAAUCUUAGUUCCCUGACUCGGGAUCAAACCCGUACCCCGUGCAGUGGAAGCUGCAAGUGCAGACGAUUAACCACUGAACCACUGGGGAAGUCCGUAGUUUUCUUCAUGGGAUUUAUCAGCUGACAAAUUUCUGUUCGCUUGUUAUCUGUCCCUCCCUGGAGUCAGAGAUGUGUGUGUGCCUCCACUGCUGGGUCCCUGGAACCUGUCACAAUCCUGUAUGUACACAGCAGGUCCUCUGUAAACCCAACAGAACGCUGCGUUUCUGCCCCCAGUGACAGUUCCCUGCUCCCGAGGUGUUCACGUGACAGACAGCUGAGGUCAUCGCCUGACACCGUUUCCCUCCAGUCUGAGCUCUGCCAGGGCAGCCUUUGCUGUAUCUACAGUCUCCCCAGCAUGGUCCCAGAGCCAGCCAGGCACACAAGAGGUGCUGGUA